AUGGCGGACUCGACUGCUCAAGCGAUACAAGCUCUACGCAAACAACAGCAGCGUAUUGGCAGUUCAGGCUCAAAGAAGCCACGCAUAAUCGUAAUGAAUGCACUCAGUGUUGGCGAGUCACACAAGGUCGCUCCACUUUUCCUCCGUCUCAUGAUGGAUUAUACCAAUGUUGGAAAAACGUGGGAGGAUCACAGCGCUGUAGAUGCUGAGAUCGAGGAUAACUGCGGAGAUGAUGUGCACUGGACUGUAGUCUAUGUAUCUGUCCUUGCUGGUUCUGGUAACAAACCUGUCAAGACGUUCUCGUCGGAUCAAUCGGGCUUUGGGUGGCUUAUUACACGUGAGAGUUGUGCCAGAUGGAUGAUUGACGCUGCUACCGAAGAAUCUGGCGAUAAGUUCACGAAUGCAAGGGUCAUUGUAUCAAAUUGA